CCAAGAACGAAAAAAGGCAAUAGAGUUUUAGGGUGAACAAAUGUCAUAAAAAAAAGAAAAAGAAAAAAAAAUAUUGAUAGAUCCCUCUUUCUUUCUCCCUUUUCUACCCUUCACUCAUUACUUUUAUUUUUUUUUUAAUUAUUCAACACUUAUAUACCCUUCUUUAUGGCAACGAAUGAGUCUCCUUCUUCCUUUGUACUAAUUGGUGGCAAUGAACGUAAAAUCCCUUUAGAACAACAAUAUCAUCCUUGUCCAAAAUGUCAUCAUACAGCCUCUGUACAAUUAACAAGAAGUGAAACUCAAUUAGUGAUACUCAACAAAACCAUUAGAAAACCCAACAAUAUGCGUGUUCGAUAUGAAUGUCGCGAAUGUCAUUGGAAAGAUCAAAAUUUGCCUGAUGAAUAACAUUUUACUAUUCCUUUACUAGUUUAAAUAUAUCAUACAUUCCUUUUUCUAUUAUACCUUUAUGAUUCUACAUUCGUUCGAUUUAUGUUUCUUAUUAUAUUGUAUUUCACGUUUUUUUUUUCUUCUUCUUUCUAUUUAUCAUAUAUACACUACUUUGUUUCAUUAAAAUAAAAGUUAUUAUGGUAAG